CACUCGUUUGUUGACUUCCCCUCAUCUUCGUAGCAUCCCAUCCGCACCAUGUUCGAAUUAUGUAGGUACAUGCAAAUAAGUCUCCGAUCGAUUCGUUGAUGACCACAAGAACGAGAGGUUGCGUCUUCUGGAAGUUAUUAGCAGACAUGGGCGUGUAACGCAAGGAAGACUAGUUUACUUCAAUUUGUGGCCGAUAACGAAAACAUGUGGGGCUUGAGCCCGAUUAGCCACCUCCUGACACCGCCCCUGCUGUGAUGCCUGAGGUCCGGGACCUUUCUGAGGCCUUGCCAGAGAUGCCCAUGGACCCCAUUACUGGAGUUGGUGUUGUAGCUUCCAGGAGCCGGGCACCAACUGGUUAUGAUGUUGUUUCAACAACAACAGAUGGUCUGGAUGCUGAUCUGUGGAAAGAUGGACUUUUCAAAUCCAAGGUGACCCGGUACCUGUGCUUUACCAGGGUCUUCUCUAAGGAAAAUAGCCAUUUAGGAAAUGUUCUUGUUGACAUGAAGCUGAUCGAUAUAAAGGACACCCUCCCUGUAGGGUUCAUUCCAAUCCAGGAGACUGUUGACACUCAAGAGCAGGCAUUCAGAAAGAGGCGACUCUGCAUCAAGUUUAUUCCACGAGACUCGACAGAGGCAGCCAUCUGUGACAUUCGUAUCCUGGGAAGGUCCAAGCAGGCGCCACCUCAAUACACCUUUAUCGGAGAACUAAACAACAUGGGUAUCUGGUAUCGCAUGGGUACUGUACCACGAACUCAGGACAUCGCUCACACAUCGCCUGUGAAUGACGUCCAGAAUAUGAAUUCUACCUCAACUUCCUCUUCUGUCCCAGCACCUCCACUCACCAAGAAUAUUUCCAUGACCCUUCCUGCCAGUUUCAGAGGGAAAAAUGCUACCAGACCAGAUUACGAGCACCAAAACUCCAACCUCUAUGCAAUCUCAGCAAUGGAUGGAGUGCCCUUUAUGAUCUCCGAGAAGUUUGCAUGUGCCUCAUCAGAGUUGCAGCAGGUGGACCUCAUUGGCAUUACGAUCAAAACGUUGGCUGAGAUUGAGAAAGAGUAUGAUUACAGUUUUCGCACAGAGCACAGCGCUGCAGCCCGCCUCCCUCCCAGUCCAACUCGGACCUCCCUGAGCUCUGAGGCCUGAAGAAUACGCUUCAAAACCCACUAUUGAGGGCAACCCCACUUGGACUCAAGUACACUCCACUGACCCACAACUGUGUCCGGAAGGCAAAUACUAGUUUGACUUUUGAUCCUUCUCGAACUAAAAUACAGGUGUUUAAUGUGAAGAAAACCACUCCACACAACACUGAGUUGAAGCUGAGGUAGAAAUGUAAUGACGUAGCUCAGAGGAAAUGUAGACCGAUUCAUAACCUUAAACAUAGUGUUCUUUGAAAAAUGUAUUUCUUGUUCUGUGUCUGGCAGUGGCAAAACAAAACAAACUCCAGUGCAAUGGACUUCAAUGAAAUGAACUGUGUAUUUCUACCAGUUGUUUUAAAAAAAUGUCUGGAGCCGUAAAGCUUUUGCCGUCUGAUUUAUACUGAUAUUUAUUAGGCAUUGUAUUUUCUUUUUAGGAUGCCUCAAUAACCAUACUUAAUGUUUAAUGCUUGCAUGCUUGCUGAAACUGUUAAUGAGCCAACACUGACUGACUUGUUCUUUAAAAUUGUUUAUUGCUCUAACUAAGAGGCGAUAACCAGUGUUUUUGUCAGGUGUUUUUAGAGCUUAACCCAACAGUAUGCUUGCUUUUUUUAAAUAUUUUUUUAACCAUACAAUUGCACUCAAAGUUAUUGUAACCUCACAGGAAAUUAUAUUUAUUUGGAACAAACUAAAGAAGUGUAAAGACCCAAAACUAAAUCCAAACAUUACAAAUUAGGACCGGGAAUCUCAGGGUACCUGAGGAUACGACACAAUACGCGAUAUAUAACUCACGGUACUUCAAAAUUCCGGGCUAGUUUCGAUAAAUCAGGCUCAUGACUAUGGAACUAAAUUAGGGCCAAAUGUUUUCUACUUGAAAAAUGUACUUUGAAACUGAAAAAAUUUAGUUUUGAUGUUGAAUUUUGUAAAAUACAUCAGUGUAUAUACAAAAUAAAAAUAAGUGCACACAUAUUUUUUCAGGUUUAUGGUAAUUGAACUAUGAUUCUCUCUGGUCAUUUUUCACUUUCAUAUAUUAUAUUUGAGCUUCGUUUUUUUUCAGAUUAUUCUUCUCUUCUAUUGUGUUUUUAAUUAAAAAAAAUGUUCACAUUUUUUUCCCACCCGACUAUUUUAUUUUAUUAAAUUUUUUUCAGAUUUAGACUCUUGGCCUGGAUAAGCGCCUAUGUGUUAAAACACAAGCCCAAAAUUGCUUAAAAUAGCGGCUUUGGUGACAUUGGUUUUACUUGGUUUCAUACUACACAACUGUUUUGUUCAAGGAGGGUUGAUUAGAGUACAAAAGUGAACGCUUGGCAAAGCACAAUGAAACAAAAGGAAAUCAUACGCAAAUACCGUGUGAUUUCUAACAGUAUAUCAUUUUUACAAUAAAAUAAAUGCGGCUGUGGUCCGGUGGUUGGGGACCUCCGGUGUAGUCUACAUAAUUAAUUGUUUUAGUUCCAACAUUCCCUGAAGGCAACGCGAUAGGGCAUACCCCAUAUCUUUUUUUGCAAAACUUGGGCCAAAAUUAUGAAUCUGAAAAAAAAAAAAGAUUUGAGAUUGAAAAUGUAAAAAAUAACAUUUUAAUCC